UGUGUCGAAUUCACAUGUGUGCGGCAUGUUUGUUUUGAAAACCAAAACUUGAACUUUUAUUUAUUUGGAGUUUAAAUUUCUCUUGAUAUGUCGGACACCGAUUCUUCUGAAGGCGAAGAUCUAUCUCGCUUUAGAGAAGCGGUAGACACUAGUUUUGUAAAUUUAAUUAACCAAAAAGUUAAUACAUCUAAAUCUAGUAUUCCCACAGCAGAAAUAAACCAGAAAUCGGAGCGUUAUUUAGAAGAAGCGAGCCAUUAUAAUGAUGUCAAAGUACCUUUGCCACUACAGAAAAAAAUUGGCGAUAAAAUAUCUAGUAUUAUUAACAAAAACAUUAAGUUUGUAGAUAUAGAACCUAAAAAGCACAAAAGAAAAAUCAAAGGAGGGGUCAAACUGUUCAAAGAUUCUGAAGGUUUCCUGUCAUGUAAUGAAGAAGAGGAUACACAUACAGAAUCUCACAAUAAAGAAGCAAAAAAACUUAAACAAAACAGGAUGAAGGAAGAUAUAGAUGAAGAUCAAAUAAAGUCAGUGGUUGUAAGUGGAGAAUAUGUCUUAUCCAAAGAAGAGACUAAAUGUUGGAAGUCUCGGCGAAAGGAAAAAGUGUUUAAAUAUAAGUCUAACGGUAAAGGUGUACUAGUUGCAGUUGAUUAGAUUAGCACUCUGUAUGUUCGUGUGGAUCUAAGGAAAUAAAAAUUGUAAUACAAAUAAUGUAAACUUGCAUAAAUGUAAUGUAGAAAUGAUCACAAUGAAUU